UCCUUUCCCAAAGCGCUGUCCUCAGCGCUGUCAUUUCCUCAGGGUCGCUCCGCUGAUCGCCUCGCGGCGGUUAAUUUGCCAGAGAUCCUUGUCACGUCAGCAUCUCUUCAAAGCUGUGAAUGAGACGUCUCACGAAGAUAACAAGCUAGAAGAAGAGAAAAAGAGACUAUGUUCAGCUUCUUCCGGAAAGGUCAAGAUUCAAAGAAAAUUACAGUGCAAGAGAGAGAAGCAGAUGGAUUUGUUAUUGUGGGUGACACAGCUGAUGACCAAAAUAGAGAGGCAAAGGACAAAGCUUCAUUUCCUGAGACCAGACCAGUGUACAACCAGCCUCCACAGAUAAAUACAGGGCACCAAUCGGAAUUGACUCUAUCGAGAGCAGAGGUGGGAAAUGAAAGGAGCCAAAAUUUGGAAAGCAGCCCUUUCAUGUCAGACCUUCUAAGCGAUGUACCCUUUGCCCUGGCACCACAUGUGUUAGCAGUGCAGGGCACCCAUAAUGAUGUUCCUGACCGACUGCUCACCUACAACAUCAAUGACAAUUUAUCAAGAUUUUGGUACGACUUUACGCUUGAAAAUUCUGUUCUUUGUGAGCCAUAAU